UAACCCACGAAGCAAGGCCAGAGGUCUAACCCAUGUCCCCAUGGAGACUAGUCGGAUUCAUUUCUGCUGAGCCGCAGAGGGAACUCCAGCAUCUUUGCACCUUUCAAGCUCAACCUCUAAAGACUCAUGUUGCCUGAGGAAGAAGUCCAGAAGAGGAGGAAGAGGAAAGAAAAGGCGUCCCAGAUGGCGCUCUCUCAGGCACAGUUGACCUUCAAGGACGUGGCCAUCGAGUUUACUCCGGAGGAGUGGGCCUGCCUGGACCCUGCCCAGAGGGCCUUGUACAGGGACGUGAUGCUGGAGACCUACAGGAACCUGCUCUCCGUGGAUGCCGCUCCCAAAUGCGUGAUCAAAGACUCGCCACCCCCGAAAGAGAAGAGUCACGCAGGGGAGACCAUGCCGACCGUCUCACUGCAGAGACCCGAGCACAGGGACCCCAACCCCAAAGACACCGGCUGCCGGGCAAUCCAGCAAGACAGGCAUGACUCCGAGGGCCAGUGGCAAAAUGACAAAAGGAAUCACCAAAGAGCACCCGUGACCCCUAAGAAAAAUCCACCUGGCAGAACAGAUCCACGUGGUAGAAGACACGCAGGAAACAAGCCUGUCGCGAGCAGCCUUGGCCUAAGCUUUCGGUCGCACGUGGCUGGACUGCAGGUGUUCCAGACCGAGGGGCAGUUUUAUGAGUGUGGUCAGGUUGCGCCGACAGACAGCAACGGCUCCUCGUUUUCCGUGCUGGAGAGCGUGCUUCCUAGGGUCCACGCCAGCCUUCCUCCGGAGUAUGGCAGGGAUUUCUGGCUUUCCCCGGCACUCACAGCCGACCAGAAGGCACACGGGGAGAAAGCCUACACAUGCGAUGGCUACGACGAGGCCCUGACCCACGGCUCCCGGCCCACCAGCCACCAGGCGAUCCUGGCGGGUGUGAAGCCUUACACGUGCGAGGCGUGUGGCAGAGCCUUUGCCCAGCGCUCACACCUCACGAAGCAUCAGGUGACGCAUUCAAGAGGGAAACGGCACGAGUGCGAGGCUUGCGGUAAGGCCUUCAGUUACAGUUCGCACCUUGUCCGCCAUCGGCGGAUUCACACCGGGGAGAGGCCGUACCCGUGUCACGAGUGCGGCAAAGCCUUCAGCGUGUACUCGAGCCUCAUUUACCAUCAGGUCGUCCACACCCGUGAGAAACCUUACAAAUGCAAGGCCUGCGGCAAAGUCUUCAGUCAGAGCUCGAGUCUUACCAAUCACCGCAGGAUCCACACUGGAGAGAAACCGUACAAAUGCAGUAAAUGCGGCAAAGCCUUCAAUCAGAGCUCGCAUCUCACCCGCCACCAGGUGAUGCACACGGGCGAGAAACCCUACAAAUGCGACGAGUGCGGCAAGGUCUUCACCCAAAACUCAAGCCUGGUGAGUCAUCGGAGAAAUCACACUGGGGAGAAGCCCUUCCGGUGCCACGAGUGCGGCAAAGCCUUCAGCGUGUAUUCCAGUCUCACUUAUCAUCAGGUCGUGCACACUCGAGAGAAGCCUUACAAGUGCAACAUAUGCGGCAAGGUCUUCAGCCAGAGCUCAAGCCUGCCCAGUCACCGCCGAAUCCACACCGGCGAGAAGCCGUACAGAUGCGAUCAGUGCGGCAAGGCCUUCAUCCACUGCUCCAACUUCAACCGACACAAGAAAAUCCACACCGGCGAGAAACCAUACAAAUGCAAUGAAUGCGGCAAGCUCUUUACGCAAAACUCCAGCCUUGCAAGUCAUCAGAGGAUUCACAGCAGGCAGUGACCUCCCCAGCAUAAUGAGUGUGCCAGAGCCUUCCAGCGUGAAUUGUCAUCGGAGUCCGCACUGAAGAGAGACCAGGUCCCCGUUGUGUGCACACCCGAGGGCUGCGGACUUGCCGUCUUCACUGUCAGGAUGUGCCUCUCUCGUGAGACCGCAAGAAUGUAACCUGCGCACAAAGGCUUUUACCCGCAGAUCAAAGCUACAUUGGGAGUUCUUGUCGCGGCGCAGUGGAAACGAAUCCAACUAGUCUCCGUGAGGAUGCGGGUU